AUGGCAGAUCUUGUCAAUGUAAACUUCAUUCUUAGCUAUGUCAUGUUACAGCGUCUGAGCACGACUCUGAACCCAUUGGAAGUUGUUAGAUCGUUCGAAGACUUUUAUGGUUCAUCUACGAACAGGGAAGAAGUAUUGAAUCAAGCACAGAGUGAGGAAGCUCGCACGCUCAAAGUGAUCGAAAAGAUGAGCGAGCUUGUCUUGGACUAUUACGAGGAGCACUAUCCCUUCACCCUGGCCCAAGCAUCUUCAGCACUCGUAUUACUCAUCUUUGGCCUUACCACUCAACUUCCCCCUGUUGCUUACUACGGCAAUUCACCGAAGCCUUACAUGAUGUCCUUUCAAGAGCUCAUGGACAUUGACUCGAUCAUCGAAAUGCAAGCUGAAAGCUUCGGUACAUGCCAUCUUCACGAGAUGACUGGCCCGGAGUUCUUGUGCGGUAUCGCUGCAAGACCGUUGUCGCCACACGAUGCAACAGCAAGAGGCGCCCGCACCAAGAUCGACCGGAAUACCAGAGGCAAGGAUGCCCACGGCGAGUUCCUUUUAGAGGGACGCGUGUACGCCAACGGUAAUGUUGAUAUUACAAAAACGUAUCUUCUUGGGUCCACCUCGUGGGUUUGGACCGGUCAUAUCACGCCUUUUGGUAUCGUUGGCCACUGGAGCAACGAGUGGGAGUUUGGCGGUUACUUUUGGAUCUGGAAAGAAGAGUGGAUCUAG